AUGUGUGGAACCCAACCUUAAAACAUAUUUAUGGGUCCUUAUGGGUACUAAACCACGGUGACCAAGACAUUUACAAAUGUCCCCCAAAUAAUUGAAUUGAAUUUCAGGUUGGUAUUUGGAAAUUAGAAAGGAUUUGAGAUUUAUGCAAAUGAUGUUUAAAUAGAAAAUUUAAAAUUGAAUCUUCGUGAUUGA